GGGUGGGUCGCCAAAAGGCCACCACCCAAGCCGAAGCGAUCAAGAAAUUCAAUAUUUGUCCGUGUAAAAAUAAACUUCAAAAGAAGACCAGAAAGAAAGUAGACAUACCAACAUACUAUCAAAAGGAGGAAAAAAAAGACAAAAGGAUUACAAAAGAAAGAGAGAAAUAAACACGAGAAGGAAUCAGUAUUAUUAACCACGACAGUUGUAUUUACGACUUUUCUGUAACAGCAUAAACAGCAAAAAAGUUGAAUUAGGGAAAAGGAAAAGAGAGGAAGAAGAUCGUACUUGUAAUUAUAUAUCUUCGGUAAAAGAGGGGCAGAAGAAGUAAGGGGGCGAUCUGAAGGCAAAUGGGAACGCUUCAAACAUGGAGAAAAGCAUACGGCGCUCUCAAAGACCAUACUCAAGUCGGGCUUGCCCAUGUCAACUCCGAUUUCAAGGAUGUUGAUGUGGCGAUCGUGAAGGCUACGAAUCAUGUGGAGCAUCCACCCAAAGAAAGACAACUCAGAAAAAUUAUGGUUGCAGCAUCGUCUAUGCGACCAAGGGCUGAUGUUGCGUACUGUGUACAUGCACUUUCGAGACGACUAGCAAAGACUCAUAAUUGGACGGUUGCGUUGAAGACAUUAAUAGUGAUUCAUAGGACACUAAGAGAAGGUGAUCCCGUGUUUAAGGAGGAACUCCUGAAUUUCCAACAGAGGGGCCGUGUACUUCAGAUGUCUAAUUUCAAGGAUGAUUCAAGCCCUAUUGCUUGGGAUUGCUCUGCAUGGGUAAGAACAUAUGGGCUCUUUCUGGAAGAACGUUUAGAAUGCUUUAGGAUACUUAAGUAUGACAUUGAAGCAGAACGUCUUCCUCACCCUGCACAAGGACAAGAUAAGGGUUACAGUAGAACAAGGGACUUGGACAGUGAAGAACUUUUAGAACAGUUGCCUGCUUUGCAGCAGCUUCUGUAUCGUCUUAUUGGGUGCCGGCCUGAAGGGGCAGCUGUGGGAAAUUACAUAAUCCAGUAUGCCCUUGCCCUGGUGCUCAAAGAGAGCUUUAAAAUAUAUUGCGCCAUAAAUGAUGGGAUAAUCAAUCUUAUUGAUAAGUUUUUUGAGAUGCCAAGACACGAAGCCAUAAAGGCCCUAGAUAUCUAUAAAAGAGCUGGCCAGCAGGCCGCUAGCCUUUCUGAUUUCUACGAAGUUUGUAAAGGACUCGAACUUGCUAGAAAUUUCCAGUUCCCUGUCUUAAGAGAGCCUCCUCAGUCUUUUCUAGUGACCAUGGAAGAGUAUAUCAAAGAAGCUCCCAGGAUGGUUCCCAUUCCAAGCGUAGCCUUGGAAUAUCCGGAAAGGCUGAUGCUGACAUAUAGGCAAGAGGAUGCUCCAGCUGUUGAAGAAGAUACGAAGGUGUCAGAAGACGAACAGCCCUCUGAUGAAGUUGCAACCUCAACUGCUGACGUGGCUGCUCCCCCACCUCCAGCAAUCAAUACGGACACAGAUGAUCUAUUGGGGUUGAAUUCCACUUCAAUAGAUGGAUCUGCCAUUGAAGAAAGCAACACAUUGGCGUUAGCCAUAGUUGCAUCUGGUGAGGGUUCUUUCUCAGAGACUUCCUAUUUGUUCUCUCUCUUUUCCUUUAAAUAUAUAAAUUUACUAAAUUAUUCCAACCAUGCAGCAGACACUGCAGAAGUCGGCUCAAAUUCUCCCCAACCAAAAGAUUUUGAUCCGACUGGAUGGGAACUUGCCCUGGUCACCUCUCCAAGCAACAACUCAUCAUCAUCAGUUCCCGAGAGGCAAUUGGCUGGCGGACUGGAUUUGCUUACCCUCGAAAGUUUAUAUGAAGAUGGCGCGUAUAGAGCAUCCCAGCAACCAGUGUAUGGAGCCGCAGCUCCUAACCCGUUCGAAGCCAACGACCCAUUUUCAGUUCAGAUGGGUAAUAAUAAUAACCCAUUUGGGCCAUUUCAGCCAGCUGGUUCGCAUCUACAGGCCCAACCUCAAAACCCUUUUGGCGAUCCAACAGGGUUUGGUGCUUUCCCCACUGUUCACCCACAAAGCCCAAAUCCUUUCGGGAGCACUGGACUUAUAUGAUGUUGUAAUUGCGUGCAUAUACACAGGAUGUAAUCUACUUUUCGGCUUAUUAAAUAGCUUUUUCCUAUUUUUUAUUCAUAUAUAUAUCUAUGUAUUUCAAAUGAUUGUACUGAGGAGUGAUCAGACUAUUAUUGUCCCAUAGGAAGAUUGGCUUUUGAGCUUGAAAUUAUUUACGCUUGUUUUGGGCAGUUAAAAUAGUUGCAGAGCAGCUAUU